AUGAAUUAGUUCAUAAAUAAUCACAGAUUAUCAAAGUUAUGUUUAUUCAUUAAGUUUAAUUAACUAAUAAAUUAAGUUAUUUCUUGGGGAGGUGAUAAAUUAAUAUUAAAAAUUGAGUAUUCAGAAUAAAAUAGAAAUUGGAUUCUAAAUUAGUUUAUUGUUAUGAAGUUAGAUUAUGCUAUAUCAACAAUAAUAUCUUGA